AAAGCGUCCACACGGUUGAGUGCCUCACGGUCCAGACGGUAACAGGUGUCCCGCUGCUCGGAGCGCACGAGACCAAAGUCGUGGACGGAAUGCAGGAGCUCGAGGUGGAAGAUGACCGGUAGACACGUUUAAAGGAAGCCGACGAGGGGGCAGAGGUCAAAAGUCUAAGGCGCUCCACGUGAAACCGGGAGAGGCCGUGAGCUUCCAACCAUGCAGAGGAACAAGCAGAUCAACAUCAGCCGGGCCCUUGCUCUGGCCGGCGCCUUCAACUUCCUGUUCUCCUGCGCCAGGGCCUGCCUGAUCCCCUUCCUCACCCUGUACUUUAGACAGCUGGGCUUGACCCCCGCAAUGACGGGCGUUCUCAUGGGCACCAAGCACCUCAUAUCGCUGGCAUGGAGCCCCGUGGCGUGCCUGCUCUCCAAACACUACAACAAGAGGCGUGCGGUCAUAAACAUCUCUCUUGUGUGCUCGGCGGCGGCGGCUCUGGUCCUGCUGCUCGUCCCGCUGGUGGAUGUGCGCCCGCAGGCCGGCAGCUGUAACCGAUCCGUUCUGAGUGGCGGUCCGACCCAAAUUCUGGGCGGCGACCUGCCUAGCAGCGUUGCACCCUCCGCAUCCUCAGCUAGAACUCAAACUAAAACCAACACAGCUCCUGCCUCCCAGUCUGGGGUUACUUCAACUGCAAAGACCCUUUCUUUUACUGAAAGCACACUUAAUCGUCAUAAUCAAUCCCAUCUUCAGCUGCCCCCAUUCAAUGCAACAGUGGUGGUCGAAAACAGCGCCGGAGAAUGGACGGUCGGCGGCUACGUCAUGCACCACCCCACCCCCUCUUCGGCAGCUCCAGUGAGGAGUAAGAGGUCAGAAGAGCAGCUUGGAGAAGAGAAGGCGGAGGAAGAGGAGAGGCGUUUUGAAUUUCUGGGCAGCCUAAAGUUGAUGGACCCUCAACACCAGCUCUUCUUCCUGAUACUCAUCAUCGUAUCGGUGUGGGAGUUUGUGUCGGCCCCUCUGGAGUGGACCGCGGACGACGGCCUGUACGAGUAUCUGGACUCUGCUGACGCCUCGGACCGCUACGGCAGCACCGGGGUGUGGGGUUUGCUCGGGGCGGCGUGUGGUGUCGGGGGAGCGGGCCUGCUGGUCAGCCGGCUGAGCUGCCUCAUCGCUGGCCGGAUCCCGAGGAGCGCGGUGCACUUCUUCUGCUACGCCGCUCUGGCAGCUGCGUCCCUCCCCAUGGCCGCACACCUCUCCCUCCACCUGAACAAGAAGCGGGACCGGGCCAGCGGGCUCCUCAAGGCCGUGCGGCUAGUGCGCGGCUCCCCCCGCGCCUUGCUCUGCGCGGUCACCGCCCUGCUGGUCGGGGUGGCGGGCUCCACCGUGGACAACUUCCUCCUGUGGCAGAUGCAGGACCACGGGAGCGGCGAGCUGCACAUGGGGCUGUCUCUGGCCGUCGCUCUGCUCUCGCAGGCCGCCUUCCCUCUGCUGGCCUACCGGGUGUCCAAGCUCCUCAGCCCGGGACGGGUGCUCGUCAUCGCGGCUGCGAGUCUCGGCCUGCAGUGCUUCUACUACUCCUUCCUCUGGGGGCCGUGGGCCGCGGUGCCCGCUCAGGUGCUGAGCUGCUUCAGCGGCGGGGCCCUCUGGUGGGCCGUGGGGCACCAGUGCGAGGACGUGGCCACGCCGGGGGCCGAGAGGAGCGUGAGGAGGGUCUACGACGCGCUCUGCCUGCAGCUGGGAAGUGGGCUGGGGAGCUUCGCCGGAGGCUUCAUGGCCCAGAGGUUCGGGCUCGCCUGGCUGUUCAGAGGAGUGGCGGUGGCUGUGAUGGCGUGGUGCGCCUGCCUGCCUCUGCUCCAGUGGAAGGCCCCCCGCCAGCGCAGGAUCAACUACUCUCGGCUUUUGGCAGCGGACGCGAGCGAAGCCAGUGACUCCGAGUCUGAACAGGAGAGAGACUGGCUGGAGAAAGCGAUGGAGGACGACAGAAACAGCAACAACAACAACAACAACAACUACUACUACGGACGGAGGGUAAACCAUUAGCCCCGGCAGUAUGACCAUACAAAAGGACACUUCAGAGAGUGCAGUAGCCUACCAGAGAAUACAUUUACAUAGAAUAAUUUCAAUCAGUGUGUAAAUAAUAUAGUCAUCAUAUAUUUAAUAAGGUUCAUUAGAAUGAAACGUCGUGGCAUCGCUUUCCAUCUACAGCGUCUGCGCUUGAGGAUUUCCUCUGAGCCACCUGAGCCCUCUCAAAUUAACAUUACCCGAAGCAAUAUUGUCUUUCUAGAGCCAACAAGGAAGCAGGAUGAAGGGCGGGCAGAACUAGGACUCGACAGUUCAGGCAACACGUCAACAGAAACACUGAAGCCUCUCCCGCUGAGCGUAAACACCAGGCGUGUGCUCAAGGUGAGGCUGGCCUCCUGUUUCACCACACCCAGUCUGUUUAUCUACAGCUGAAGCCUCCCCCAUCUGUGUUUGUGCCUUAUUUAUGGACUCUGUGAACUGAUGAAACGAUGAAACAUGGCGUUAGUGUGUUUUUAACUGCAGGAGGUUCAGCAGCUGUGAGCGGACGUGUUUGCUUCAUUCGUCUAAUCUGCAUUUCAAAGUGCAUUUAUUUAUUUCUGAACCUUUUGUCUCAAAGACAUGCUGAACGUGAAUUAAACGUGCCAUUUUCUUUCCUGCCAGAGUUUCUGUACGUCUUUUGUUGUAUUUGAGAUUCUUUAACCUGUUCCAGACCUGAGAGUGAACUAUAUUUGUGCUCAAAUAAUAUGACCCUUUGAGGAGCAUCUGUAAUAAAUAUAUACACAUUCAUCCUC